UACAUGAGUCAUAUUUUGAAGUACUAGUUUAGAGGUGGUACUUUGUGUUGUGACUUGUAGUUUUAGAGUGUGUAAGGGAACGGAGAGUUUGAAAACUGUCGUAUUCAUAAUACGAACAGUUUGGUUACCAUAAGAAGAAACAACACGAAGUUUUUGUGCUACAUUCAUGAUUAACAUACUGUGAACAUUUCAACGUUUAAUUCAUUAUGGCAGUCUCAACGAACGAGUCUGGAAUCGAUCUCGACUUUGAUCUCCUUCGUGACGGCAACUGUAGUACUGCUAUAGCUGAUAUAAGUAAUUCUACUUUAAGUGUUAUUAAUAACAACACCAAUGAUGGUUUUGGAAGACCUAAGCCAACCGCAAGUAUCAGUGUUAAAAACGAUGUCAGCUCAAACUUUAUGUUUUAUGAGUUGAAAAGUAAAACACCACCCGAAAUUUACAGUCAAAGAUCUCCAGACCUGAAGACUGUCACUGUCAUGAGUCGUACCCACCUCAAACAGCAAUUAAUGCGAGAACAGAUGCAGCAGUUGAAACAAAAAGAAGCAUUAUCUCAACAGAAGACAGAGACUGCUUCUUCUCUUUCAACAGCUGCGAUUGAAGUACCCGUAUAUACCACUGCAGUGGGAGUCUCUGUGCCCUCUCAAGUGCUCCAGGUCCAGACUCGUUUAGAAAACCCAACCAAGUACCACGUAAUACAGAGCCAGAAAAGACAAGUGCAACAGUAUAUCAGUAGUACCCAUCGCAAUAAUCGUCCUCAGAUCCAUUUUUUGUCAUCUGCAACCAACGGUGGAAGUUGUGACCCAAGUCCAGACAGCCAGUCGCCUGCUCCACCAAGCAGUUCAACAGCCACUAGUACCACAGAAUUGGAAGAGUUCUGGGAUGAUUUUAGUAACCUAGGAACUGAAGUGAUGAUAGAAGAUCUUGACCUACAGCCACCUCCCAAUCUUCCAACAAUGAUACCUGGAGCUGCAAAUAUACUUGACUUGUUUCCUGUUGAACAAACCAUAUCAUCAAAAUCUUGCCAAUCUGAUGUUGUAAACAUUAAAGAGGAACCUUUAUCUGUGGCUAAUGACCAUUUGCACGCAUUGGUGAAAGAUAGACAGAAGAAAGAUAACCACAAUAUGAUUGAAAGACGUCGCAGAUUCAACAUCAAUGAUCGAAUCAAGGAGCUUGGAACCCUUCUACCAAAAAACAAUGACCCGCAUUUUGAUUUGGUUCGGGAUCUCCGACAAAAUAAGGGUACAAUUCUCAAGGCGACUGUGGAUUACCUGCGCUGUUUGAAAAAAGAAGUUUGUAAAAUCCCUCAAAUGGAACAGAAACAGAAAUUGCUGGAGCAACAGAAUAGGAAGCUUCUCCUUAGAAUACAGGAAUUGGAGAUUCAGCUGCGUUCUCACGGUGUGCAUGUCACAGAAUCCACUUGGCAACCAUCAAAAGAGGCUCAUCUGAACUCCCUUAUAAAACAGGAUCCUCUUCCACCAACGUUGCUUAUCAGUAAUCUGGGAACUGGCAACAUAUGUUCCCAUCUUGACGAGAGGAACCAUUUGUCCACGCUGGACAUGGGCUUGCUAGGACUGAAUGUCAAGCAAGAAUCACAAGUUAGCCCUGCCCCUAGCACAAGUUCUGGGCUAGGUUCUCUACAAAGUGCAAGCCCAGGUCAUAAUUUUGGUCAGUAUGAUGAUAUAAUAAUGGAUGACAUGCCUACCAUAAAUAAUGACCCUCUGCUGUCGUCUCAUCAUAUGGGAGAUGAAGCUCUCUCAACAGAUCACAUGGAGUACCUUCAGUGAAUAGUGGCACCACGGAAACUAUAAUCACUCGUUCAUCAAUGACUGCGAGAGAAACCAGACUGUAAGCUUUACGUUUGACAACAAACUUCACAUAUUAUUCAGAUGCCAUAUUUUUUUUCUAUCCUUGUUAUCUCAAAGAUAAGACAAACAACAUUUUGUUGAAUGUAAGUUGCUAGUCUCUGGUGGAGAAGUCGGGUUAACUGAGAAUUCCUUUACUGAAUGUUUUCAGGGGAAAUUAGGAGGUUCAUAAUGAGUGAACAAUGAGAAAAUUCUCGAAUUCUGUAUUCCGAUGCGGAAGAAAAGUGGUGUAUUUUCUACGAGCUAGAUAUGUAAAUACAGAGCUUUGUUUUUCCGA